AAUUCAAGACAUUAAACAUAUUUGGUCGAGAUGCAAAGAAAUAGCAGUGGAAUGCAUCCUGCAUGUGCAGCAUGCAAGCAUCAAAGGAAGAAAUGCAGUGAAAACUGCAUAUUGGCACCUUACUUUCCAUCAAACAGAAGCCGUGAGUUUCAUGCUGUGCACAAGGUUUUUGGUGUGAGCAACAUAACAAAGUUGGUAAAGAAUGCUAGAGAGGAUGAUAGAAGAAGAGUGGUGGAUUCAUUGACAUGGGAAGCAUGUUGCAGACAGAGAGACCCUAUUCAUGGCCCUUAUGGAGAGUACACAAAGGUUUUCAAUGAGUACAAGAAAGUGUUGGAUGAACUCAAGAGAUUCAGAAGCCAACACCAGAUGUUGCAGUUUCCCUCUCUAGGGUUCAAGUCUGUGCAAGAGAAAGCUGAAGAAGAUUAUCUGCAUGGGAAAAAGAAUGCUAUUAUUGAUUCUGAUAUUUACAACACUUAUUGUUCCAGUUAUUUGCAAGAGUUUCAGAAUCUCAGGCCUGAAGUUCUCAUACCCUUUCAGCAUCAUCACUCUCAACCAUACUACAUUACAGGUGAUCAAUUCAAACAAUGAACUCCAGGAUACAUGGAAGACAUGAUUAUGUAUAUUUUUCUCCUGAAGAUCCACAUUCACAUAAUACAUUUGAAAUUCUAUUUCAAAAUUGAGAGAUGAGCUAUUUAUUUUUUGUGUUACAC